GUUGAUCCUUCCAAGGAGUUCCAAGGUACCUCAGAGAACCGUUGCAGCAUGUAAUUUGGCCGGCAGUGAUUUCAAGGGGCCUGAAAUGCGGACGACGUCGAACUGCAAUUGUCUUCUUCCUCCUCGGCAACCAGUCCCUAGACAUAACCAUCAUCAGAGCUGGCUGCGCACAUGUUAAGCGUUCCUUUCCAUCAAUCUUGCGAAAGAUGAUUGGAGUUUCUCUGCUAUCAAUCCUCCUGCUGGUAAGCCUGUCAUAUUGCCUACAGCCUCCCGUCCAGCUGGCAACACAGGCUUGGUCUGUUCAGCGCGACCAAUGGCAAAUGGCAAACGUUUCAGUUUCACAGUCGUGGCAUGUUCUGGGUCCUUUCGGAAUUGGCACACGAGAGGCAGUGUGGGGCGCAGAUCCUCUUGAGGCACAUGGCGGAUUCCGGGCGAUGAAAUAUGAUCCGGAUGCAGUAUUUCCAAGUGCCCUUGGGGAAGGUGGAGUCUGCCGUUGGACUACAGUGCUCGCAAGUGAACCCGCUGCUGCCGAUGGGUCUGCGAGAGCGGUCCUCCGGUUCGGAUUUAGCGAUAUCAACUGGUCAUUUCUUCGGUCAGUUUAUGGCUGGUCGGCCUUGCAGUAUCAAGCUUGGGCUAGAGGAAAUGUCACUGUCCUUGGAAAUGCUCCGGUUGCCUUGGCGGUUUACUCUGAUGGCAUCCUCGAAUUGCGAAUUGAUGGGGAACUCUACUUUGGAGGCGAUUUUUAUGCAUUUCGCCGGGCGCCGCUGAUCCUGGAUCUUGACCCUGGAGUUCAUACCAUUGAGCUUCGAUUAUUCUACGAUAUUCGGGCGCUGGGUGGAAGUGAUGAUCCGCAAAUAAUUGCUGCCGUUGAAUUCAAGCCAAUCCCAGAGCAACUGAAUGUUGAUCCGGCAAAUAUAUUAGUCUCGGAUGUGGUCGAUGGCAAGCUCGCAAGUCCAUAUGCAGCCGUGAAUAUACAAAAUGGGAUGAAAGAGGCGGCUGAAAUUACCUGGAUCAGGCCCGUUGGUGAAAACCAAACCCAUCCCAGUUUGACUCUACUAAACGGGCCCUUUACUGUUGCUUCUCACCAAUCCCGCCCUCUGGCUUUUAAAAUAAAGUUUCCAGGUCGGAUCCCUGCUCAAAUUACCUUCGAGAUUGGGUACGAAACGGGCCCCGAUCGCCGACAGCGAGUGACUGCAGUCACCAUCAAUUUCGAACAUCUACCGAUUUCUGAACCUCAGAAAUUUACAUUCCUCCACCCUAGUGGCAUCGUGUCCUAUGCAAUUUUGCGCCCGCCAGUCACUAGUUCUUGCCAUGCUGGGGAGAAAAAGGACUUCCCGGUGAUCCUUGGUCUUCAUGGAUCUGGUGUUGAAGCAGACAGUGAUGUUGGUCGACAUAUGCUUGAUGGUGUGCAUGGGCUUUGCGCUUGGAUCUUACUUCCCACGGGGGUGACAUCCUGGAGUGGUGAUGACUGGCAUACGUGGGGCUUUGCAGAUGUCCAGGCAGCCGUUGCUGCUAUUCCCAACUGGAUCAGGGUUAUGGGUUGGGAUGGCCCCGGGGUGAUGCUUGAUCAGUGGGUUGUCGUUGGACAUUCCAAUGGAGGUCAAGGCUCCUGGUAUCUCCUUUCCCACCAGCCUGAUAAAGUGCUAGCUGCUGCCCCCGUUUCAGGGUAUAUAUCUAUUGAGAAUUAUGUGCCGUUCAGUAUGUGGCGGAAUGCAGACGCCUCCUUGGCAGCAAUUCUGGAGUCCUCACGAAGGAACUUCAAACAUGAAUUACUCACUGAAAAUUUUGCGGGGAUCCCGAUUCUUCAGCAGCAUGGCGCUAAGGAUGAUAAUGUCCCGGCGUAUCACUCUCGACUUAUGCACCAGCUUACCUGGGAAGACGGGUGGAUGAGCAAUUACCACGAACUUGCUGAAGCCGGUCACUAUUUUGAGGGCAUCCUCACAACUGACCCCUUGGUGGAGUUCUAUCGCCGCCACACCAGAGUAUCCCGUAACGAAUCUGCCGAAAGGUUUUCGACAAUUAUUCCCUCGUCGCCAGAUAUGGGUUCCAGAGGAGGUCUCCUUGUCGAUCAGCUAUGGUCCCCAGAUAGGUACGGCCGCUUGGAUGUAGCUCGCAACCAGUCACAAGACUUCUGGCGCUUAGAGACGAGUAACGUACGCCGUUUCCAUAUUGUGCCUCAGGGGCUUCAACGUCUUCAUCCGCCUAAAAUCUUAGUGGACGGGACUGAGCUUCCGUUUGUGCCGUCAGGCAAUGAAACCAAUAUCACUUGGUACAUCCAAGAUUCCUCUGGACAAUGGGAGCUGACCCGGGAUGGCGGCUGGCGCAGCCUGUCGGAGCGGUAUGGACGCCAGAUAGGAACCAUGGACGCCAUUCUCCGAACCAAAGGCCAUUUGGCUAUCCGUUCUCAUACAUCAGAAAGUGACAAUGUGGCCCUUCAGAUCAGUCGCAAUUUACUCCAAUAUUUUGCGGCUGACUGCGAACUAGUGUCUGAAAGGUCUCGUUCCCGGAGGACAUCGAACUCAGGGAAUCUUAUCACCGUUGUUCUCGGCAGCCAAUUAGACCAAUCGGAGCUUGAUACCUUUCCGAUAUCCGCUCUUGAUACGCGUUUAAUACUCAGGCGGCCCGAUGGCCGAAGAUAUGUUGAGUAUGACUUUGAGCCUGGCUUGGGAGCAAUAUUUUUGAGACCUCUGGAUGAUGAGCGCGUGGAGCUCGUGGUCUGGGGCGCCGAUCUAGACGGCUUACGACAGGCAGCUCGCCUUGUUCCCACCCUCACUGGGGUUGGCCAACCUGACUUUGUAGUUUUCAGCACCCGCUCUCCCUGGAAGGGUGUUGGAGGAGUCUAUGCAGCCGGUUUCUUUGACUACUCCUGGCAGAUAUCUCCAGGGUCUUAUCUGUUAUAGAAUUCUGUGAUGUUUCUAUUUUAACGACCCUUCUCCAGGCUGAAUAGCAAGAUACCUUCCAAUGACUCUAAUUAUUUUCUGUUUAUACCCAUGGGGAUCCUCUUUCAACAGCAGGCCCUCAUAGAGUGAACUUGCAUUGAAUGCCCACACAUCGAGUCGUACCCAGGCUUCAUCUGUACUGCUGCACACUUGGAGCUCACAUUAAGCCCUAAUGUCCGCGACUUGCCUUGCCAUACCCCGCUAGGCUCCGCUGCUGACCCUUUGUUUUGCGUGUCUUGUGUAGAAUAAAACACGUAAACGUCCUCUUUUGGAAGACGUGUCUAUGAAACUUUCUUCUCUGAAGGAACAUUUCCUUCACACAUCUUUGCUUCUUUAUCUCAGCAAUAUCUUUCCCUGUAUUUGUAUUCCAGUUGAAAAUUUGUGUCUUCUUUUCAGCUUUUGGGCGGAUCUCGUCUCGAAUUAUCUUCCGGUUCCAUUUCCGGCUCCAAAACGCAAAGGAGCCGCGUACUGCACAGCGCGGACGAAGCUCUGAGGUGCGGCUCACUUCUCUGUUUUCUCCAGCAACCCGCGCUUCCUCGCGCAUUGUUUUCCUACUUGCCCCGCCUUCCCAUCUGGUGCAUUGUAUACCUUUAGCACUCGCUCCCCCUCCCCACAGUCCUUCACUACUUCGCGCUUUCCCGCCUCACGGCGUCCUUCCCUCCUUGCGCCCCAAUUCUUCUCAUUAUCAUUGUUCCUGCCAGUCCUUCUGUAUUUCCUUCCUUUCUGCCUCUCUAGCCCUGCCCGUUCCAGAGAUUUUCAAAUUUGCUGUUUUAUCUCUCCGUCUCUCUGCUUUGCUUCUGCUAUUUUGCCUCGAACAUCGUCGGAUAUGCUUUG